AUUGCGAUCCCGCCAAUUGUUUGGAGCGGCAGCUACUCCCUCCGCGUGCUGCCACGGUGGCCGGCGCUGCCUACUUUUAUUCAUGCUCCCCGUCCCUGCUGCCACCGCACCACUGACCGCGUACACCUCUUGCAGCGACAAUGGAGCUCCUCAGACCAUUCGCUGCCCUGUGCGUCCUGCUUGGCUUCUUCGUCGCCGCGGCGGCGAUGGCGGCCCCGGAGGUGGUGAGCGAGACGGCGGAGGCCCAGUCCUCCUACAUCGUGCACGUCGCGGCCGCGCACGCGCCACGGCUGCCGCGCCGCGGCCUGCUGGCCACGCGGGCGUAUGGUGCGUUCUUGCGCGAUCAACUCCCCGUCGAGCUGUCCAGCCCGGCGCCUAGGGUGCUCUACUCCUACGCGCACGCCGCCACGGGCUUCGCGGCGCAGCUCACGGGCCGCCAGGCCGCGCAGCUCGCCUCCUCGGGCUCCGUGCUCGCCGUCGUGCCCGACGUGAUGCAGCAGCUGCACACCACCCUCACGCCAUCCUUCCUCGGCCUCUCGCCGUCCUACGGGCUGCUCAAGGUGUCCAACGGCGCCACAGACGUCAUCAUCGGGGUGAUCGACACCGGCGUCUACCCGGAAGGCCGCAAAUCCUUCGCCGCCGACCCCUCGCUGCCGCCGCCGCCCAGCAAGUUCCGCGGUGCGUGCGUCUCGGGUCCGUCGUUCAACGCCUCCGCGCUCUGCAACAACAAACUCGUCGGCGCCAAGUUCUUCCACAAGGGGCUGGAGGCCGCACGCGGUCGUGCCCUCGGCGAGGACUCGUUGUCGCCGCUCGACACCAACGGCCAUGGCACCCACACCUCCUCCACCGCCGGCGGCUCACCUGCCGCGGACGCCGGCUUCUUCGACUACGCCAGAGGAAAAGCCGUCGGCAUGGCCCCGGGCGCGCGCAUUGCCGUCUACAAAGCGUGCUGGGAGGAAGGGUGCGCGAGCUCUGACAUCCUCGCCGCAUUUGACGAGGCCAUCACAGACCGUGUCGACGUUAUCUCCGUCUCGCUCGGCGACACCGGCCUGGCCGACAACUUUUACAGCGAUACAACUGCGGUGGGCGCGUUCCGCGCCGUCAGCAAGGGCAUCGUCGUCUCCGCCUCCGCGGGGAACUCUGGGCCCGGGGACUCCACCGCCGUGAACAUCGCGCCGUGGAUCUUGACGGUCGGCGCGUCCACGCUCAACCGCCGAUUCCCGGGCGACGUCGUUCUCGGCAACGGCGAGACCUUCACGGGCACUACUCUAUACGCUGGCGAGCCACUCGUCGCGACCAACUUACCAGUGGUCUACGGAGGGGACGUGGGCUCCAAAGUGUGCGAAGAGGGGAAGCUGAAACCCGCCAAGGUAGCCGGGAAGAUUGUUUUCUGCGAACUGGGUGUAACUGCCCAAGCAGCGAAAGGACAAGCCGUCAAGCUCGCAGGUGGCGCCGGAGCAAUCCUUACCGGCGCCAAAGAAGACGGCGAGCAGGUCAUCACCAGCCCCCAUGUCCACCCCGCCACGGACGUCCCAUUCGCUGCCGCCGAGAAGAUCAAGAAGUACAUACGCACGCAAACUUCCCCUACCGCGACGAUCGUCUUCCGCGGCACCGUGGUCGGCUCGACGCCUCCUUCCCCUAGAAUGGCGUCCUUCUCGAGCCGCGGGCCGAACUUCCGCGCGCCGGAGAUCCUCAAGCCAGACGUGACCGCGCCUGGCGUGGACAUCCUCGCCGCUUGGACGGGCGCCAACUCGCCCUCGGAGCUUGACUUUGACACGAGGCGAGUGAAGUACAACAUCAUAUCCGGCACGUCCAUGUCAUGCCCGCAUGUGAGCGGCAUCGUGGCGCUGCUCCGGCAGGCGAGGCCAGAGUGGAGUCCCGCCACGAUCAAGUCCGCCCUGAUGACCACCGCAAGCAACAUGGACAGCGCCGGCGGCGUGAUCGGUGACAUGUCCACCGGAGAGGCGUCCACGCCGUUCACGCGCGGGGCCGGACACAUCGACCCCAACAGCGCCGUCGACCCGGGCCUUGUGUACGACGCCGGCACGGAGGACUACAUCACCUUCCUGUGCGCGCUCGGCUACACCGCCAAGCAGAUCGCCGUGUUCGGCUCGUCCUCCAGCUGCUCGACGCGCGCGGGCUCCUCCGUGGGCGACCACAACUACCCGGCCUUCUCCGUGGUGUUCACCUCGAACAAAAAAAAGGCGGUUGUCACACAGCGCCGCGUCGUGCGCAACGUCGGCAGCGACGCCACGACUACGUACCGGGCCAAGAUUACCGCCCCGGACGGCGUGCUCGUCACGGUGAGCCCCGAGACGUUGCGGUUCAGUGCGACGCAGAAGACGCAGGGGUAUGUGGUCACCUUCGCGCGGGAAAUCGGCGGGAGCGUCACGGAGAAGUACACGUUUGGGUCGAUUGAGUGGAGCGACGGCGAGCACACGGUCACGAGCCCCAUCGCCGUCACUUGGCCGACGAACCAGGUUGAGGAGAUGUGAAUGCGAUCAGUGUAAUGUGAGAGUUUAUGUCAUUUGUUGUAAGUUUCAGUUCGUGUGGUGGGAUCAGUGAAUCAAGACGUCUAAUAUUUGGUUUCAAAGAGAAGUCUC